AUGAUUGUGAUACAACCCAAUCCCCGAUAAGCGUCCGAAAACUGGGACGACGACUUUGAAUUCAACGCCCAAAGUGCGCGAAGUUCACCAUCCGCCGCAUCCAAUUCUAACGACCACGACAUUCGCACUUCACCACCACGCCCACGACACGUCCACAAGGAGUCCCAGAGUAGCGCCGAGAACUGGGACGACUUCUACGAAGAUGACACAACGACACACGGAACGACAUCUCUUCAAGUCAAUGCACAAGCACCACAUCACGAAUCCUCCGGGUCCUCUGCUCACGGAGACGAUGAAAGCGUCAACUUGCGGCCUCACUCCGCUCAUGUUCUCUCGGCGACACGUACCCCACGCGCGAACAAGCGACAGCAGCGAGUUCGUUCUGGCUCGGGGGCCACCGCACGCCAGCGACCUCGAUCGGGAUCCCGUGCUUCGCUGUCCUCCUCUGAGGAGGAACUUGGCUUCGCCGAUGGUAUUGAUGAGGAUCGUACCGUUACCGCUCAUAAUCGACGGGUGUUCUCACACACCAUAUCGACGAACUCUAGUCCUCCACCGCCCGUCCCACCGCUUCCGGCGACCGUCGGCUAUUCGACCCGGGGAAUAGGUUUGGGCGCAUUGUCUGUCGAGGACUUUCCUCAACCUUUCCCCCGCAGCCCAACGACCAGCGUAUUCUCAGCCCCGGAAACCAUCUCCAGCACAACAGGGCUCAUUGGUGGUACCGGACGCAGGCUACAGAAGAAAAUCGGCCCCGGUCUGGCUGGUUUACCCCCUAGCCCGCCUAUACAUCGGGAGCGGAGGAGAUUGCGGAAGAAGAGCCGGCCCGCUGCUCUCACUUCUGCUAUCGAGGUCUCACGUGCAUCUUCCUCGUCAGGUGCGGAAGAAGAAGAAGAAGAUUGGGAUGCCGAGGCCCCUGCUUCUCAUGAUCAUCAGACUGACAGUUUGCUCUCGCCCUCGUCGACCAACAAUCCGUAUGGAGCAAGCACUUCCUCCAUAUCCAUGCAGCCUGCAGCAGCAGCCCAAGCGCCAGUGCUGCCUCCGGGUGGGAUGCUUUCUCGGAUUGGUAGUAUGAAGAGAUGGGGUCGGAGAAAAAAGGGAAGUAGUAUGAGCGUCGGCAGCGAAAUGGAAGCAGAGACCGACGUCAUCCGCGAUAUAACGGCCGAUAUAAAUGCGGAUUUGACCCCGCGCCGAUCCAUGUCCCAGCGGUCGCCAUCCAGUUCAUGCUCGCGUAACCGUCAUUCGUAUCACACUGGAACUCCGAGCACCCCAGCGAGAAGGGGCAGCUUGUACACACCGCAGACACCCCCGAAUCCAUCUUCCAAUCCCCAGCCUAAAACCCCAGCGACCGGGGACAAUGGCGGAUGGUUCUUCCGAGGUCCUUCCCCCGGUCGCCGCCGAUUUCGAUCUCGCUCGACCUCGCGAACGCGAGACGAGCGUCGACCGCACACCCCGACCCCGCUGCCCGAUUUCUCUGGUCCGAAAUCGAAGCUGCUAGUCAAACAGCACCCCGGCAGUUUUGUGCCUAUAGGACGUGGAAGACACCCAGGAUAUGGUGACGAGAAGACGGCAGGUCGAUCACUGCAUCCGAGUCCUACCAAGUAUGGAGCUCUCGGUGUCGGUCGACCUUCUUCCACCGGCGUUGGCUCUAGCAGCGUCGAAGAUCUGGGCAGAAAGAUGGGUUUCGUCGAGCGUAGCGUGCGGAAGAUCAGUCUGGUCGGAGGUCAGAAGCAUAAACGGACGAAGAGUGCCACGGGUCUAGAGGAAACGGAGCAACCGUCUUCAACAACGCCUGGACUGGAGAUUCAGCCACCGUCCCCACCGCAAACCAUGAAUGCUGCAACAGGGUCGCGAUUGACGGGAACGACCUUCUCGUUGGCAUCCACAACAUCCUUACCCUCCACGGCGUUGCAGCCGUCUAAGUCACCUCUAAAGUCCAAUCACUCGAGGCCAGUGACACCUGUGAUGCAAGUUCACCCGCAGUCAACGGCCUCUCUUGGUCGAUCAUCAGCAGCUGUCGCUGCUGCAAUAACAGCAAGUCCAAGCGCAAUGCGAAGGAACUCGCUAGGGGACCUCAAGAUUCCUGCGCGGAUCAGCCAAGCUCAAGGCGCUCUGCGCCGUGAUCUAGGAAUGGUGAGAGAGUUUGCCAGGAACGUCGAAGACCUCAAAGAGCUACAAAGCACCUAUCAGUCCCUGGUCGCUGAGGUGCAGGCAGUGCUCGACGCUCGUCUCCUUCCAGCAGCACCGACAUCACCAUCACCAUCACCAUCAUUCUUCAAACGACAUCGCUCCAACGCUUCUCUUUCUACCCCACCACCGGAAGCUUGGAAGCAGCUCGCCGCGGCUUUUUAUACCAUCAACUCUCGAUACCGCAUUUCCUGGGAAUGUGCAGAGCUACUGAUCGAGCUGGGAGGAGCAGGGUCUUCGGCCGGACCUCCAAGUAGUACGUCAGCACCUGCUAUCCCCCCGACAUCUACAUCCAGCAAGAAGUCACGCGCUCGUGCGAUCACCCUCACGGACGAUUCUGCGGCCUUGCCAACCUCAGCGAGUCUGCCGACAGCGAGCACGCCCAGCUUAGCCUGGCGUGCUUCGACCGGACGAAGCAUGCAUUCGAAUGCGGAGCUCAAUUCUAGACAGAUGGCUUUGCUCAAAGAGCUGUUGAGCUCGCCGUCCGCAGCGGACGACUCGUUUGGCACGGACGAUGGGGUGCCGGAAGGAACUGUGGUUAAUCGGGACUGGCGGUGGGGUGCAGAUGCUAUGGGAAGCACGAUCACACUGCCGUCCGAGGAGGAUCACGGUAGCGGCAAAGAGAGGGUGAAGGAGAAGCGAAGGAAGAGCAGCAAGAUGCGGAUGAGUGGUUUCCGGGAUCUCCUGAAGAGUCUUGCUCGAAGCGGAAGUGGGGGUGCCUCAUCCUCUUCGUCGAAUCCAUCUCAUCACCCCAACCCGAUUCCGUCCACAACAUCUUUCAGUACAGAUUCAUCGUCUCAAUCUCGUUCGACGCAUAACUCGACCCACAGCCGGCGGCGUGCCAAGACGAGUACCGGACCUGAAAUUAUAUCUUUGAAGCCCGGCUCCCCAUACAACUCAGCGAAGACCGCAAGCGCAUCGCCACGGCGCCCGUCGCUGGCAUCGAUCUUCAGGAUUGGGAGGAACAAGACUCCGACUGGCAUGCCAAAUGAGAGCUCGAGCGAGGGUGUCAGUCAUGACGAGGGCGAGGAGGAUUGGGAUCGGCUUUCGUCUGAAGCAGAGCAGCAGCAUCCUCAGCAGACCAUACGCGGGAGGAACCGGUCGCCAUAUCUGCAUCCAGCGCUCCUUCCCAACUCGAAUACAUCACUUGGUGCGAAUGGGGCUACGGUUGUCACCCGCAUCACGAGACUUUCGAAUGUCAAUGAAACGGUCGAGGAUGCGUCUCAGCCGCCAUCUCCCGUGUUCUCACCACCACCGCCUACAGGAACCAAGACGACGAGACGACCAGCCAAGAACACGGGUUCGGUGCGGUCGAUGCCGCCGAGUGCUUCGUCGUCAGAUGCGGUUCUUGCGAUGAUGACCGCAGGAAAGCUGGCUAUGACACCGGAGAAUAUCAAGCCACUGCUGGAGAAUGCGCGAGAGGUUCAUGCGCGACUGAUGGAGUGCAUCGAAGAGGUGCGGGCUCUGGUGGACGGCCUGGAGAACCAGAAAGUGUGAUUUAGUCUUGCUAUCGAUUAUCUUGUAUCUGUCCCAGCUUUCACAAUGCUUUGGUAUAUAGUAUGUAUAUAGUAUGUAGUGUUCGUAGAGUAGUACAAUGCAAUUCAUGAUGCUCUCCAAGCGAAAUAUUCCGGAACGUCAUAGUAAUACAAUGUUUGCCUAUCGCUACAAAGAGAAUAUCAACACGACCAAUGAAUCAUGCGGCAGCGUGUAAGAUGCGGACGAGAUUCCUUUCGGCCCGCUUCAGACGCCGUUGG